AUGACCUUUUUCCGGGUUAACUCCUAUUUUGCAACUAGAAGAAGUUGGAGUAAAAGAAGACUUGAAGAGGGCCAUGAGUUAUCGGAAAAGGCUAAGAAGACAAUAGAAGCCAACAUGGAGAAAGCCACGCACCAUGAGGUUGUUGCUUUUGACUAUGAUGCCAUCGGGUUGUAUCAGGUUAGGACCGGUCGUGGAAGAAGAAAAGCUGGUAAAGGUGGUAACUCCCACACUGUGAAUCUGUUGAGCAAGACAUGUACUUGUGAGAAAUUGAGAAUAUACAAGCUCCCAUGCUCUCAUGUACUAGCAGUUUGUCGUCAUAGAAGCCUAUCACAUGCAGACUUUGUGGAUUCUUUUUUCAUGACCGCCGAAUAUAGGCGUUCAUACGCGAAGUGUUUCGCACCAGUUCCUGAUCCUUGCCACUGGUCAGCUUACAAUGGUCCUACUACUAUUGCCAACCCAGAUUUGAAAAGAGGCCCAGGCCGACGGUCCACUAGAAUUCGAAAUGAAAUGGAUGAGCGUCCCAAUCGUGUGAAGAAGGCAUGCAGUGUUUGUCAGCGACCUGGGCAUAACAAGAAGACAUGUCCUAGUUGA